AUGCCAUCCUCAAAGGUCGCCAACAGCUCUGCAGGGGGCCAGGUGAGCAAUCGCCUGCGCAACUUCUUCCGCAUGAACAGCAGCGCGAGCAGCAUUGGCGAAAAGGAAAGGGCCAGCAACUCGCUUAGCAUUAACGGGCCCACAAGCAACGGCAGCGGCAGCGGCAGCGACUCGCACUCAACCAAAACAUCUCGACACACCAAGCUCUUCAACAGCACCGUCGGCCGUCUGAGGUCACAUACCGUCGCCAGCGAGAGCAACAAGCUAGAAGAGGCAAUGAGCCCUACGGCGCUUGCCAACCCCUACUUUGCUCACCAAGGACAGCCCGGCCUGCGCCAUCACAACGAAGGCUCUGUGCCACCAAGCCCUCCCGAUACGCCAACCUUGAAGGUGUCGGGCCCAGAUGGCACAGAAGCCGAACAGGCUACGAGCGAAACUAAGGAAGAGCUGGCCCGCAGGUUAAGGAGGGUUGCCAGUGCACCCAAUGCUCAGGGACUGUUUGCGAGUUCUGGAAACAAGGGCGACCGCCCCGGCACCGCUGAACUCGGCAAAGACCCCUUGAUCCAAAACUCCCAAUCAGGGUCACUCGGCCUCAUCGACGGCGGCAAGGCCGAUGCACCACAGCAUUUGCACAGCGAAGACACCCUGGGCGCUCUGCCUCCUCCGCAGACUCCUUUGGCUUUCCGCAGGACAUACAGUUCCAACUCGAUCAAGGUCCGCGAUGUCGAAGUUGGCCCUUCCAGCUUCGACAAGAUUAAGCUGAUUGGCAAGGGUGAUGUGGGUAAAGUCUAUCUGGUCAGGGAGAAGAAGAGCAACAGGCUCUAUGCUAUGAAAGUCUUGAGCAAGAAGGAGAUGAUUAAGCGAAACAAGAUUAAGCGCGCCCUCGCUGAACAGGAAAUUCUCGCGACAAGCAACCACCCCUUCAUCGUCACUCUAUACCACUCGUUCCAAUCAGAAGAUCAUCUUUAUCUAUGCAUGGAAUAUUGCAGCGGAGGAGAGUUUUUCAGAGCACUCCAAACUCGCCCUGGCAAGUGCAUUCCGGAAGACGACGCCCGCUUCUAUGCCGCCGAGGUCACGGCCGCUUUGGAGUACCUUCAUCUCAUGGGUUUCAUCUACCGAGAUUUGAAGCCUGAGAACAUUCUGCUUCACCAAUCCGGCCACAUCAUGUUGUCGGAUUUCGAUUUGUCAAAGCAGUCUGGCCCGGGUGGCAAGCCGACGAUGAUCGUUGGCAAGAACGGAGCUAGGACGGAUUCUUUGCCCACGAUUGACACGCGAUCAUGUAUUGCCGACUUCAGAACAAAUUCGUUUGUCGGCACUGAAGAGUACAUCGCCCCGGAAGUUAUCAAGGGUAGCGGCCACACGAGUGCGGUAGACUGGUGGACUUUGGGCAUUCUCAUCUAUGAGAUGCUCUACGGAACCACACCUUUCAAGGGCAAGAACCGAAAUGCCACUUUCGCCAACAUCCUGCGCGAGGAUAUUCCCUUCCCUGACCACACUGGGGCGCCACAAAUCUCCAAGAAACUGUUGAUCAAGGACGAGAACCGCAGGUUAGGCGCCCGCGCUGGUGCCUCUGAUAUCAAAGCCCACCCCUUCUUCCGAACGACUCAGUGGGCUCUGAUUCGCCAUAUGAAGCCGCCCAUUGUCCCUAACCAGGGCCGUGGAAUUGAUACCAUCAACUUUAGGAACGUCAAGGAGAGCGAAAGCGUUGACAUCAGCGGGGCCAGGGCAAUCAAUGCCGUUGGUGUUCCCCUGGAUAGCGGACUAGCAACCCCUGGCAAUGAGGCUGCAGACCCGUUCCUCGAGUUCAACAGCGUCACGCUCCACCACGAUGACGAUGUGCAAUUCCACGACGUAAAUUAUGGUUAUGCUUCAUCACCCUCAUCCCGCAGCUGAGAUGGCCCUUUGAAACCUGGGGUUUUCGACGUCGAACCAAUUACCUUUCUUCUCUCCACGAGGCUCCGGCCUAAGUUUUGAUAUCACGCGUGCACACGGCUAGGGUUAUGGGGAUUGUGUUAAGAUUACGACAUUUGAGUCUUUUAUUCAAGCGACCAAGUUUUUGCGUUUUUGGAGUUGAUGCCUGCAUGGAAUAUCCCGUCAUUCGCUCAUUUUGCUUUGCAGCAGGCAAGCUAGCAGAUACAAACUCAUAGCGGAUUCCGUACGAUGCCCCCUCAAAGUUGUCGUUUAGGAUUAUUGUUGAAGAAAAGUCUGUCCAGCAUCGUUGCAAGUCUGUCCACUUGAAUUCGGCGUCUUAUUUGGUUUUUUGGCGUUUCAUGGGAGUUGUUCUGGCGCCGGGAAGGGCAUGUCAUGUAAACUGUCGACAGUCUAUGAAGAUACGUUUGAUCUACCAAUAGAACAAGGAUAUUCUGACGA